AUGGUCCGAAUUGGGGUCAAGGGUUGAACUUUUGGACAUUCACCCACUAUUAUCAUUGCAGCAUCAGCAUUUAAACCUCCUUCCUCGGACAAAGGAGUCCACCAUGAGAUAGUGAUUCAAACAGAAGACAGCAGUAGUUUAGACUUGUUCCAGCCAAGACCAAACUAUCAAAGAUGAAUAAGGGAUCCUCCAAGAUUGUGAUUUCAAUCACUGUUUGCCUGUGUUUGACUUUCUUGCUGCUUGGGCUGUAUUCUGGGAGGCUGUCAUCCCAGAAGAGAGGAGAAUGGACUGGGCUGCAUGAAACAGACGAGACGAUCCACAGCUGGGGAGGGAAGGGGAAAGUUCACAUCAACAACCAACAGUACGACAUAGAGGGGCGCGCCAUUCUGCAGGGAGGGGACGGAGGCUCCAUCAAAGUCGAAGCGGGAUGGCACAAACCACACGAAAAGACGCCCCCAAGCCAUGGCCUUGUGACCGCCGAUCUUAAAGUCAAGGUUAAAGGGGACAAACAAAACUCAUUUCUGCACCACCUUACUAACCACAGGAAGGGGGGAGAGGUUUCAGAAGGGUCUGGUCUGCCACAGGGUGAUACCAUUGGUGAUGAUGGGGAGGGGCAGGAACCUACUGAUGAGGAAAAAGCCUGGCUGGAACAAGUGGAGAGAAUUUUAAACGGGGAUGAUAUUGACAACUAUCCUUUUAGAAAUGGAAAAUAUGUUUGGACAGGUUCAGAGAAUGAUUCACAACAGAAGACUCAACAACAAGACACCAAUGCUACUGAUGAUGAUGAUGAUGACUCCCCAGGAGGCUGCUUUAAGAAUAAGCCAGAACACUUCUCCUUGUCUCGUUUGGUGGAGAGUUUCAAGAAAGUCCUGAACAAAGAUGGAGAAAUAGACAUGGCCAUGUACGUCAAUACCAACAAGGAGCUCCUGAAGUUUUUCACCAUGAUGGGAACACUGUUCACCUUCGUCACUUCAGAAGCACAGAACAAAAUAAACUACCUUACGGGCUACCUGGAAGGACCUGACGGUGAGGACUACAAGACCUUGUCCUCGAUGGUCAAGUUUGAAACGGACAAUCACAUCGUCAACGUCAAAGUGUACGAAGAGUCGGGGACCAGGAACUUUCUCCGUUUACAUCGAGGUCUCAACUUUAGUCUGGCCCUCUGCGAGGGACUCAAGAACAGUAAACCUGGCGACAGUAUCGUGAAGAUCGCGUCGGAUACCUACGCCUCCACCGUGUCUCAGUUCCACGGUUGGUUCCUACGGAAGGCGGUACAGGCGGCGUUCUAUCUCUUGCCGAGCAGGGAUACAUUCAUGGGUUUGCUGUGUGAUACCGACGAGGAAACAACGUUCAAAAUAUUGAACGAGUUGGCUGAAGUCACGAAACCUGUUUAUGACAGGACUCAGUACAUUUAUGAGAAAUACAACUACCUAGACUUGCCUUAGAAGAAUAAUGCUGCAGAAAACUUAAUUGUUGCCAGUGAUAAACUGAUAAAAACUUCUGUGACAAUCAUUUUGAUUAGUUUUUUUUUUACCUUUUUUGUACGACUCUCUAGGAGAAAAAUAUCACUGUAAUGUGUUCAUUUUCCCAUGCAGAUAUUACUUUAUAUGAUACAAAAAAAAAGCCAUAAAACAACUACUUCUCAAGUACUUGAGUUGCAUAUGAAAUAGUGUUAUUCUAAUAUUAGAUCUAGCAGAUUAAAUAUCUAGAGAUUUCAACAACGAUUGUACCAUUGAACCUCAUGCAACUGCAAUGCAAGAAAACAUAUAUAGGUUGUAUUACGGUAAGAUGCAAUAGCUGCAAUAACAUUCCAAGCUUAUCUAACAAUGCAAUUGAUAUGGCAACUGAUGAUAUAGCAAAUAUAGUUAUUAUUCCAAUUGUAGUAUUUUAAUGACCAUUGUGGAUACUGAGCAAUACCAUUUAUGAAGGACAGACCUCAAGAUAAAGAAUUUGAGAUGUUAUAUAGCCUCGUACAGCCUAGUAUUUAAUAAUAAUCAGGAUUAGGGUGAGUUUUCUUACUGCCUGAUUAUGAAAAUUCUGAAAAUUUUGCUUUAUAAGGAAUUGUUGUCCUCAUAGUUUGUUUAAUAAACAUGUUGCACAUACAUGUAGCUGAUUUGCCAUAUGCAUAUUUAUCAUUCUUAA